ACUAGUGUCACUUACUCGGAGCCUAUCGCAUUUUACGGUGAUAGUAUGACUUGGUGGUAACUAUUUUUAAGACGAUGAUAUACGCUUUACGGUAGCUAACUAUUGUCAGACAAUUGAGGUAACUUCAAAGAUUUUGAAAGCAGAUAAUUACACAGAAGAAGGUUAAAGUGUUAACGUAUUAUGUUCAAAUAAGGUGCAAUUUUGAGGCUUUAGACAUUCAUCUUGUGACAGUGCGAGCGUUCGCAUCGUGGAAGUGUAUCUUUUAAGUCAACAUUAACAAGUAAACAGAGGAUACCUAGUACUAACUUAUCUAACUUUUUAUAAAUUGAAAAUGAUUCAUCGGAAAAUGAGAAUGAAUUCUACAAACGUGUCGGAGGAGUCGGACAGCUAUUCUGAAGUUGAGGAUCACGUUGAUGUGGAAUCUGAUGGCCAUGAUGUAUCUGGAACAGCGGCUGAUCUAAGAAUUCAGGAACGUCUUCAAGGUGUAACUGGCGAUCACAGCAAUCACAACAUCCCCCAAAAAGGCUCAAACUGUGACGUGUGUACGAAACAUUCUGAAAAAGUUACAAAACCGGCAGUUAGACCUUCAUUUUUAAUAACAGACAUUUUAUCAGACACUAAACGCACAGAGACUGAAACAGACACUUCGGUGGUCAAUACACCGUGUACUCCGUGUACUCCGUGCACACCGUGUACACCGUUAACACCCGUAUCACAUACAAUUGACAUUCAUAAAACAGCUGCAAUAUUAGCUCAAAGACAGUCUUCUACAUCAUCGAGAUUGUUGUUAUCCCCUUCAGAGAGAUGUGAGUCACCAGUUUCAGAUGAUGAGUCAAGAGAAGGCAGUCCAUCUCCAUUGUCAGAGAAUGAUUCUUCUAAAUCUAGUAAGAAGGCAAGGAAAGCCAGAACUGCAUUUACAGACCACCAGUUGAACUCACUCGAAAAGAGUUUUGAAAGACAGAAAUACCUCAGCGUACAAGACAGAAUGGAAUUGGCCGCAAAACUGAGCCUUUCUGAUACUCAAGUGAAAACUUGGUAUCAAAAUAGAAGAACUAAAUGGAAGCGUCAGACUGCAGUUGGCUUGGAACUACUUGCAGAGGCCGGGAGUUAUUCCAAUAUCCAACGCAUGAUACAAGCUAGUCCAUAUUGGGCUUCGUAUCCCACAUCUCACAGUCACAAUCCUGCUCUUCUGUCUGGUAUUGACUCUUUGUAUUACAGACAGGGCGUCUCUCCUCUUUCUUCACACAGACAACUCGUCUCUAGAAUGUAUCUUCAGGGCAUGGGACACAUUGCGUAGACAAUUUACAUUUGUGCGACCUUGAUAAUUGUUAUCUACUAUAGAUACAUUAAUUUAUCAAAGAUGUAAGUUCCAUACAUAACGCAUAAAAACAAGAACAACAAGAAAAUAUGUGCUACUAUCUCGAUCUAUAUGUAUAUGUAUUAGGAAAAUUGUAAUUGGCUUUAAAUAUUUGUUUACAGUGAAGUUUGUGAAGACAGGACAAGUAUAUUAACAUUUAAUGUUAGAAAAAAUCUAUUCAUUUUAUAGUGUUCAAAUUGUUAAAAUUUGUAUUUAUUAUUUAUAUAAGUAGCAAGCAAGUUCUAUGACAUGUUGUGCAAUUUUCAUAGAUAAAUUUUGUCAGAAAUGCUUUUACUUUACAUGGUAUAUUGUGUUCUAAAAACUAAUUUAUAUUGCAUCGACAUUUCAACAUGUCAAGUACAGACUGGCUAGAAGUUCUCCCGCUUAAAACUUUGACAUUUCUUGCAAAGUAUUUGACUUAAACUUUCUAGUUUGUGACACAGUAGUAAACAUUUUGACGAAAGAGAGUUUUCUUGACGGUAGUGAACUUUGUAUUUAUUAUUUUGCAUAUUUUGAACAAUGCUGGAAAGCGUAAGAAAUACUGUUUUACUGACUUACUUUGGUAAUUCCCAGUGUAAUGAUAGGGCUUUAGAUUUUAUAUCAAAUGUGAAUUGGAAAGAGAUGAUAGUUUUUCCAAAUGUAAAUGUUUCAUGUGUAUUAAUUUAUGUGCUUCACAUCCAUUUAUAUUUUAUUGUUGUUAAAAUGAUAACACUUUCAACGUGGGAAAAGGAAAUUAAAAUAUUAUAAAUUAUAA